AUGUCUGAUCAAUAUAGCUUGUCUCACCUAUUAGAGCAACAACACUUGGCUGAUUGUACCAAGUAUGAACGGCAAUGGAGACCGUCCGAUGAUAACUCCCCGCCUCCAAAUGAACCGGUAGGGCCAGGGACGAUGCGCGAUGUUCGAGAAGAGCAAUUCUACCUAGGUGGGAAGAAUACGGUGCAGCCGUGGGACGAUUCUUUCCCGUCUCCGCUCAUGCCCGCCAUCUACGAUCCGUAUCCAGACUACAAUAGUGGAGUAUGGUCAGAUACAUGGAAGGGAACGUUCAGAACUUGCGAGGGUCCACGGGGAGGGACUUUGGAUCGCCAAAAUGUCGAAGACAUGGUCCUCACCUAUCCUGGCGUUCAGGGUGGCUUUCCGUAUCCAAAGUAUGGCUCCUACGAGGCUCUUGGUCUAGACGGAUACACUUGCACCACGCGCGCCUCUCGAUUGGCUGCAUAUGGGUACUCCGAGUCGGGUUUGAAUUCUACUGCGGACCCUAUUGUCUGGGACAACGUGAACUGGGGUACGCUGCAGUCGGAAUGCCUCCAGCGGAACAUAAACAGAUAUCAUGAGCCGAAAAGAACACCUCGCCUGAGUAUCCUUCCACUGAACCCUAUCCGAACGGAGGCGCCUGCAAACGACGAUGAAGGCAUAUCCUCUCCAGCAACCAAGAAGAGGACGGCAGUGGUACUGCGCGCAUGGCACGACAUAGUCUGGACCGAGAAUCUAAAAGAGCAUGUUCGAUCGCUCAUCAUGGAACUGUCACUGCACUCUGGCGCGGAAUAUGAGGUGUUUCUCCUGACCCAUGUGAAGGAUAAUGAUCUCCUCUUGUGUGGCGUAGACGAGGCGAAGAUUCGCGCGCUGAAAAAGAAGUUUAUCCCUCGUGAGUUCUGGGAUAUUACAGUUCUCUUCGACGAGCGGACCCUGCAAUCGUGGUAUCCCAAGGUAGACGAACACAGGCCGGUAUACCAGUACGCGCAGCCUUUGCAGAUCUUUUCAACCGUUUUCCCAGACUUCCACUACUACUGGCAACUUGAAAUGGACGCCCGCUUCACCGGGCACACCUAUCACUUCCUCGAGCGGGCAAGCGAGUUUGCAAAACAGCAGUCCAGGAAGUACCUCUGGGAGCGAAACGCCUAUUUUUAUAUUCCCGGGGCACACGGAACCUGGGAGGAAUUUAUGCACACGGUCGACAAAUCCCUGCUCAAAAGGGAAAGCAAUACGGUAUGGGGACCAGCGCCACCGCAUAGCUGGAUCCAGCCCGUCGGCCCUGAGCCGCCCAUUUCGAGCCCACAAGAUGACGAUUAUGAAUGGGGUGUCGGCGAGGAAGCGGACCUCAUCACCUUCCUUCCUAUAUUUGACCCAUCCGACACCACCUGGGUCUUCUGGAACCUGCUCUGGAACCUACCCAUUGAGACAACGACGCGGCGCACAUCUCCUGUCAUGAUAGGCCGGUUUUCGCACCGGCUGCUUCAAGUCAUGCACAACGCGCAGAUCGAGCAGGGCGUGGCGCUGGUCUCGGAGAUGAUGCCCUCAUCCUUUGCACUUUGGCAUGGCCUCAAGGCCGUUCAUGCUCCGCACCCUAUCUACGCAGACGGCAAGUGGAUGCCGAAGGAGCUGAACAACAUCGUGAAUAAGGUUGCAGGCGGGCCGGAGAAGAUCAACGGCGGAAAAGAUAGCUUCUGGAACUGGGACCAUAAGCUCGACCAUAUCGUUUAUCGCAUGAGUUAUAUGUUCACCGGCCAGCCGGCAGAGGACUUUUAUCGGCGGUGGUUGGGGUAUAAGCCAAAUCCAGCGCAGUAUACGGAUGGUAGUCGGCAUCAGGACCCGCAAGGCAGGAACUGGUUCGAUGGUGGACACUUGAAUACAGAGCUGGACAAGGGUCCUGAUAUGGCAGUCCCAGUUUGA